GUCCGGGGCCGCUUUUGCUUUAUUUCGCGCUCCAUUUCUGAAGACGCGGAAUGUGUCGGCUAUGGACCCUCGUGUGGUGACUUUCCGGUUGAAUGGGACAAUAUUCUCAUCGAGUGCGACCGGUGUGUCUUCAAGGAGUUCCUCCAUCGUCUCCGGCUGGGCCAAUCUGGGGUCCCAUUUGUCUUGGAUGACGCCACCCUCGUUAUUUGGCACGAUGUACAUUUACAGUCGACUCGUGACGCAUUCGAUUGUACGGGCUGUAUUUGGUAUCUCUGGAGCCACGUUAUGGUUAUGGCUUCGUUCCGGGCCGGAUGUCAAGGAGGCUUCUGCCGCCAAUUUCUUUCGGAAGUUGCGCUCCAAGGCCACUUUGGUGCCGUCUAGUCCGUUAAUGCAUCUCGACUCAACGACUGCCUCACGCCCCCGCUGCAAUGCACCAUUCAUCUAG